AUGGCCUAUCCCAAGUCAGCCGAUUGCGGCUUCUUCGUCGAAGGCGACGAGCCCCGCUACGCCCGCAUCACUCCCAAGGACGCCGCGAAGAUGCUUGCCCGCAACAGACAGGAGAUGAUCGCAAACGAGCUGUCUCGCCUAGCUCACGACGAGUACAUUGAAGACAUCAUGCAGCACAUGGCUGUGAUGGAGAACGAGACGCUCCCCGACGCCAACCUCAUUGACAUGCAGCGCGAGAUCCAGUGGUUCAUGCGCCCAUACCUCAUCGACUUCCUCAUUGAGGCCCACGCCGCGUUCGCUCUCCUGCCUGAAACUCUCUUCCUGACUGUGAACCUCCUGGACAGGUACUGCUCAAAGCGUGUUGUGUAUAAGCAGCACUACCAGCUUGUGGGCUGUGCCGCCCUCCUCAUCGCCGCCAAGUACGGCGACAAGAAGGACCGUGUUCCUCAGAUCAACGAGCUCAACAACAUGUGCUGUGGCCUGUACGAUUCUGGCAUGUUUACGCAGAUGGAGAUGCACGUUCUCAACACGCUCGAGUGGUCGAUUGGCCACCCAACUGUCGACUUCUUCUCUCAGCUCAUUGUGGUUGAGCGUGCUGACGACCGUGAAGUUGAGAACAUGGCUGCCUACCUCUCCGAGAUCGCUUUGUACCACCGCGACUUUGUCUCGACCAAGCCCUCGGCCAUGGCUCGUGCCUCCCUCACGCUCGCCCGUGCCAUCCUGGGACGCCCGGCCAUUAGCGAAGGCGAGUGGGAUCAGGCCGACAACGAGACGGUCCAGCUGCUCUCGAAACACGUCCAUCAACCAUCGAUGACAUUGUCUCGCAAGUACGCCGCUCCCAACCUCUCGAGAGCCUCGACCCUACUCGCCGACUUUCUGGCACAUCAGGCCGAGCUCCAGCGGCGCCAACUCAGUCCUCCCUCGCCGCCGUCCGAGUCGAUGCUCCACCCCCAGCACGCCAACAUCUACAGCACGCCCCAGAAGGGUCACAACAACGCCACCAUGAAUGUCACAGACGGGUACAUCACUCCUCCCAUCACUCCCGAUGGCGCAUGGCCUGUGGUUACGGAUCCUAUGAACAAAUACGUUCCUCCGCGAUGCCCCGUUACCCCGACCCAACACUCUCAACAACAUAUGACUGUCUACCCUCCGCAGCAGCAGCAGGCGCACCACUACACAGCCUAUGUACAUGAAGAUUACAGCGGUCACAUGAUGUCUCAAUGA